ACAAGUCAUAAACUUGUAUGUUGGAACUGCAUUAUUGUGGGUGGAAUUGAUGGUUUCAGUGGACUACCAGUGAUGUUGAAAUGCACAGAUAUCAACAAUGCAGAUACUACUUUGAGGUGUUUCUUGGAAGCAGUAAAUACGUAUGGCCCUCCAAGCAGAGUGCAAACUGACCAGGGACUCCAGGAGUGCUAGCUUUGUACUAUCAAUUGUUUUAUGUUAUGGAGGAUGAAGGAAUCGUUCAUCGGCUCAAUGACCUCCAUGUGGUUGUUUUCCACCAUGUUUUUCUGCAAAAAAUUCCUAAAAAGCUUAACAUGUGGAAUAGGGCUAGGUUACAGCACAGAUUGCGCACAGUUAGAUCAUCACCUGUCAGAAUGUGGGUGGCAGGUCAACUGCAAACUCCUGUGGGGAUUGAAUUUUAAAGUGAGGCCAUCAGUAGUUAUGGUGUUGAAGGUUUCAUAA